UCUCUCACUUCUCACUUUAGAAGCCACGAAAGUUAAAGGUAAGAAAGUUGUUCUUCUUCUCCCAUAACUAAAAAUAUUUCCCAGACUCAACCACGUGCAGAGUUAGCCUCAGGUUAGGCUAACGCUAACCAUAAUGUAUGUUACUGUCAAAAUGUUACAAAUAACAAUAAGUUUGCCUCUGUAUAUUAUAAAUUAUAAUUAGUUGUAACUGAUAUAAGAACAGAUAAAAGAUUGUAUAUCCAUCAAAAGGAGGGACCAAUAAUCAUUUUCUGUAGGGGGGUUUCAACAACAAUAUUUUGGAUAAUGUUAGUACACAAGUCAACAAAUAUAUAGGUUUUGUCCUAUUUAUAAAUCUAGUGAGGAAUUGAGACAUAAUAAUAUUUAAAGGACUAUUGAGGUCGUCAUGAAUCAUGAAGCACUUGACAUUAAAAAAAAAAAUGUGUCUGGACGAUUAAAGUACAGUUUGUACAUUUUGAAGAUUUAACAGGAGAUUGUUGCAGAAGUGACACCCGCUCAUCCAGGAACACAAAAAUUAUUAAUGUUAUAUAUUCAAGUUUCCAUGGUGACUUGUCAAACUUUGAUGUUUACCACGAAACAGGAAUUUGUUUUAACUCAAAUUUACAAAGUCUAAUCUUAACUGAACUUCACGUUUGAUACUGAAUAUAAAGAUGGACAAAAAGACAGCUUCCCCCAAAGUGACGUGUUUUUCUAACAAUUUUUUUUCCCCUUUCUUUCCGAGAUAAAAAUCCAGUUUUUCGAACUUUUUUUCCUCUUCCAAAUUAAAAGCAUGUAAAAAGCUGUUUUUAUUUUGAAAUUGAAGUUCCUGAAUAGACGCGGACUUACUGUUAAGAAUCUGUAACUUCACAAAGGAAACGUUUUAUGUUUAGCGACCCUCCCAAGAGGCACAAGAUCUUACUGUGGGGUUUUUGGAAGUUUCAAAUAAACCUGAAAACAUCAGUUGAAAGUCUCGACUGUCUUUCGGGGACAUGCUACAGAUAGGUAGAGGAUAGUUUUCUUUUUUGUCCCGUUAGUGGCUUUAUUAUGGAAGAUUGAUGUGUAGUUCCUGUUAUAAGCAGGUUGGUGGAUGGGACUCUUGUUUUGAAAGGGUUCUGACGGAAGAGAGUUCUUUCAAUGGAGAAGAUUUGAAGUGGGAAAUAAACGAGUGUGAUGAUUCAAUAACCAUCUCUCGUGUCCUCUCUGGGCUGAGGCCUCCUGACAGCAUAAGAGAACAAACCGCUCGUCUGCAUUGGUCAUUUGUAGUUCACUUUUAUUUAUAUAGAAGGAGAGUCUGACCAUUUUAAGCGACGCUACGUCUAUGGACGGGAAUGCAAAACGCCGCCUGUUCAACGCUGCUCACAGCUUCAGUUGAGGAGGAUUCAGGUUUGGUGGGAACAGACACUAAAGUCAAAAUUCACAGUUUGUACAAAACAAAAGUUACUUCUUUGUUUAAUGUUUAAUCUAACAGCUUCUGGCUCAGCAAGCAGUUCAGUGGAAAGAGGAAGGAAGUUGGUUUGAAGUCACAGACGAGAGCAGCAGCUACUAUGAGUGUAACUGCAGCAGCCAGUGGAUUUGUUGUCCUUCUUCUCACUGUGACAGUGGUGCAGGGUGAGGAUCCCUGGGGGGUGAGGUGCACUCCGACUCAGAUCUGUGCUGUAAAAGGAUCGAAGGUGCAAAUACGCUGCUCCUACUGGCACCCAUCCAGAGUAGAUGACCAUGAUGUUGCAGUGGAGAAAACAUUCUGGUUUACUAAAGUGCAGGAUAGUGAACCUGUGGAUCUGAGAUCAGCCUCUGAGUACACAGGUCGUGUGAAGUAUGACUGUGGAAACAAGGCCUGCACUCUGACCAUCACAGACCUGAGAGACAGCGACUCUGAUGUGUACCAGUUCAGCUUCACAACCAACCAACCUACUGGGAGUUUUACUGGUUCACCUGGAGUCUCCUUGUCUGUCACAGGUGUCCAGGUGCUCACCACAAAAUUAUCAGCUUGCAAGACGUAUGACUGUUCAUGGUCACGUGUGGAGUGUCAAACCAGUUGUUCUCCAACUCCCAGUCCGUCCUACAUCUGGUUCAAGAACGGACAAAAGACAUCGGGAGAAAAAUCUUAUAACGACUACUUUUAUUCAGCAGACAGUAUUUCCUGUGCUGUGAGAGGCCACGAGGAUUUCCCCUCUGCUCCAGUGUGUGUCCAUGGAAAUUCAUGUGACAGAGUGAAUUACAUCAACAGGAACAUCUGUGCCUUUAAAGGCUCCUCAGUGGACAUCUCUUGCAGUUACAACAGUCACUAUUAUUCUAUCACAUCUAAGUCCUGGUUGGUUGCUGAGCGUAAGGAUGUGCAGCUGUAUCGUCCUCAAGCUGUGGACUUACUCAACGACCCAGAGUUCACAGCUCGUGUUCAGGUCCUUGAUCCAGAGCCAGGGCGCUCCACUCUGAGGAUAAUGAACCUGAGACUGAGCGAUUCAGCCCAGUAUCGCUUCACAUUCAAAUCACAGAAGUUUGAAUGGGAGAGAAGUUUCCCUGGCACAACUCUGACUGUCACAGAUCCAGAUGUUCAGGUGAUCUGUUCUCCGAUUGGUCCAACACUGACUUGUCACAGCAGCUGUCUUCUCUCUGCUCGUCCCUCCUUUGUCUGGUUCAAGAAUGGAAGAGAAGUUCACGGGGAAACGUCUCCAACUUUCAGGGGACUCCUUCACCCUGAAAACAACUAUUCCUGUGCUUAUGAGCAUCACCACUCGUCCCCUGUGUAUGCUCCGAAGGCUCCUUUAGUGCAGCUGAGUCAACCUGGAGACAUUCUGAAGGACAGCUCGGUGUCUCUGACCUGCAGCAGUGAUGCUAACCCACCCCCUGCAUACACCUGGUACAAGGAGAACCAGACUUUGCUCAACAGAGCAGCUCAGCUGGUUUUCAGAUCCAUCAGGUCGUCUGACUCUGGAGAAUAUUACUGCACAGCUGAGAAUGCGCUGGGGAAGACAACGUCUAAACGUGUCUUAAUAAAUGUGAAAUAUGCUCCACAGUCCUCCUCUGUGUCAGUGAGUCCCUCUGGUGAGAUCAUGGAGGGCAGCUCGGUGAAUCUGACCUGCAGCAGUGAUGCUAACCCAGCAGCUAACUACACCUGGUACAAGGAGAACCGAGCUCUGCUUCAAGGACCAGAGGGUGUUUAUCGUCUCUCCUCCAUCAGCUCUGGGGACAGCGGGGUCUACUCCUGCAAGUCUGAGAAUCAGUACGGACGGAUCAACUCCACGUCUCUACACUUAGACGUCCAGUACGCUCCAAAGCCUCCCUCUGUGUCAGUGAGUCCCUCUGGUGAGAUCAUGGAGGGCAGCUCAGUGACUCUGACCUGCAGCAGUGAUGCUAACCCAGCAGCUCACUACACCUGGUACAAGGAGGACGAGGACUCACCAACAGCAUCAGGACAAAACUUCACCAUCACUAAUAUCACAGCUGAACAUGGUGGAAAGUAUCAGUGUGAGGCCCAGAACACACACGGACGUAGUAACACCACCUUACAUCUGACUGUUGGAGCAGGGAAGUUAGUGAUGAUCAUGCAUAUCAUCUGGGUGACUCUGGUGGUGGUCGUGCUGGUUCUAGUGCUGGUCUGGACUCUGUGGACGAGGAUGAAGAAAACUCUGAGCUUGAAAUCAGAAGUGAAUGAAGCUGUGGAGAUGAAAGAGUCACACAACUGUCCUGUGUAUGAGAACUUCACUGCUGCAGCACAGACAGAAGACACAGAGGAUUAUGAAAACCUGGUGUGGAGAUAAACAGAACCAAGAUGGACGACUUCAAAGAACUUCCGUACAAGCGAGUUUUACAGAAACCAUAGUGUGUAAUUAUUAAAUACAAGAAAUCUGUCCAAGCAACAAAAUAUCUGAGUGCAAGCGCAGAGUUUGAGCACAAGCAGAGCAAAUCUAAGCACCAGCAGGAGCUGUGUGAGUGCAAGCUCAGGGUUUUGAGUAAAAACACCACGAAAUCUGAACGUGCAAGUCCAGCUCUCAAACUAAAAGACCACGCUUUUUAAGGAAGAGGAUAACACCCAUACAGUUCCUUUCUACUCAUGGUUUCCUGUUUACUUUUCUCCUCAGGUGCACUGUGAUUGGUUGAUGAAAGUAUUUAGGAGGGAACAGGAAGUAUCUAUCUCUUUCUAUCCCCGGUUGCAGCAGCAGUUUGUACAGCAUGACCUUUAGAGCAAGAGCAUUGUUGUGUUGUGUCUUUUCUUUUUCUUCUCUGAUGGGUCCAAACAUCCAGUUUUCACAGCUUUAUUUUGAAGGAAGAUUCUCAGUUCCUACGACCCUUUGUGGGGCUUUCUUUUGUCCAUUUUGCCGGCCUGUUGUUGAAAUUGAUGUCUUUUCUACAAUACAUUUACCUUUUUUUUUGCUGUUACCCUCUGAACUAUGUUGGACGUCUUGGUGAUGAGCCUUUGAGGCUGUGGUAACACCACGUGACUCAGCUUGUGUCUUAUACAUGAUAUUAAUGUGGUUAUUACAUGGAUAAUGAAUUAUUAUGUAUCGUGAUUUUAUGAUUCUUUCUUAAAUAAAUGUUUUUGGUCUUUUGUUUUCA